AUGAGUGACAAGAAUCUCAAAUUUCCAUUUGAGGAGGAUGACCUGAAGGAUUCGAUCGAACAUGUCGAGUCUAUGGAUGUGCAAGAUCUCGACACGAUCGAGUCAACCCGCUGCAGCAAAUAUGCUUGGCUAGUCUCGAUCACCGCUGGCGUCGGCGGUUUUCUAUUCGGCUAUGACACUGGCAUCAUUUCUUCGAUUCUCGUCGUGCUCAGCGAUGAUCUGGGACAGACCCUCAACAGCAGUAAUAAGGAGUUGAUCACAUCAAUUACUUCGGGUGGAGCCUUCGUGGGCGCCGUGGUAGCUGGAAUGUGUGCAGACCGAUACGGACGGAAAUUGGGAAUUUACAACGGCUGCAUUCUCUUCAUUAUCGGGGCUAUUGUUCAAGCCACCUCUUUCUCGAUCGCUCAAAUGACCGUUGGUCGUUUGGUUGUUGGACUGGGCGUUGGUUCUGCUGCGAUGAUCGUUCCACUGUAUAUAGCCGAAGUAGCGCCCGCCAAAUACCGUGGACGUAUGAUCAGUUUAGAUAACCUCUCCAUCACCACCGGCCAGCUGAUCAGCUACGGUAUCGGCGCAGGCUUUGCCAACGUCAGUGCCGGAUGGAGAUACAUGGCAGCCAUUGGUGCCCUACCGGCCUUAAUCCUCUGCGCCCUUCUCCCGUUCUGUCCUGAGUCACCGCGACAAUUAGUUUACCAUCACAAACCAGACGAAGCAGCCAAGGUCAUUGCAAGAAUUUUCCCCGAUGGGACCCCACUACAGGUGCAGCAGAAGGUACAACAUAUCACAAUUCACGUUGACCAGACACGAAACGAAGAGAAAAGUCUCUGGUGGCAGAUCAAGCAGCUCUACGUGGUCCCUGCCAAUUUUCGGGCUAUGUUUGCAGCAUGUGGCCUCAUGGCGAUUUCUCAACUCGGUGGAUUCAAUUCAAUCCUCUAUUAUUCGGGCACACUCUUUGCUGCCGUGGGCUUUGACAAACCCAUCGCGGUGGGGACCAUCAUAGCAGCAACGAAUUUUCUUUUCACCUGGAUCAAUCUGCUUCUAGUCGACCGCGUUGGCCGUCGGCAGAUCCUCCUCCAUACACUGUGGGUGAUGGCUGCCGCGCUCACAGUCGCCGCAAUUUGUUUCCACUGGAUCCCUCUUAACCACGACCUCGAACUCACCUCGCACAAGAAUAGCUGGGCCGCAAAUAUUGUCCUCCUAUGUUUGGUUGUCUUCGUGGCAUUCUACUCUGUCGGCGCGGGUAAUAUCGCCUGGAUGUCCUCCGAGUUCUACCCGCUCGAAGUCCGUGCUGUGGGCACAAUGCUGCUUACAAUGACCUGUUGGGGCUCGAAUGUUAUCGUGUCCUCUACGUUUCUGACACAAAUGGCAAAUACCACACCAUCAGGUGCAUUCGGUUUCUACGCGGCAGUGUGUUUUUUCGGCUGGAUCGGAGUGAUUUUUUGUUACCCAGAUGUCAAGGGUAUGACGCUCGAGGAUAUCCGGGAGGUCUUCCAGCAUGGCUUUGGAGUCAAUUAUGCGCGUGACCUCCAGCGCGAGGCGAAGCAGAGUCGCGAUACGGCGAGGGCAAACGUGGGGGUCGUAGCCCAGGUUUGA